AUGGGUACCGAUACAGGUGUUCGGGAGUACGCGGUCAACUACGUCCUUCACCACUGGCGCGACAUCAAAGCAGAACACUUGAAAGUCGAGCAACAGACUGAAGUGAUGCAAAAGUUCGCUUCGCUAAUACUGAACAAGAGCUCGUUCGCGAGGAUUCAGGAGGAGCUGAAGAUCACCUUCUGCAACGAUGAGAAAUUCGACGACCCAUUCUUUGAUAGAUUCCGCUCAUGGGCUGCCUUUCUUCUUGACGUGAAGGUGCCUCUCAGUGCGGAGGCUGCCGAGUGGUGGACUCUCCUUGUUGAACGCCUCAAGAGACUGCCUGCUCCAGCAUGCCAAGUUGCAUGUCCGCAGGCUCCAGGAUGCGGUCGAUAUGAACACGGCCGAAGCCUCAUUCUCAGCAGCCAAUGGCGCUUUGAGGAUCGAACGAUUCUUGAGGAACAGGCGAGAGAAAAUUUCGCCUCGGCGGUUGGCGACGUUUCGGGGGCUCUGUCGGCCAAACAGGUAGUGCUCGGUCUUGAUGGUCUCCUUGAAGAUGUCGAGCUGGGCUCCGAUGGCCAUCACUGGCUUGCGGCCCUUCAGUUCCUGUACAAACAGGUUCAACCUGCGGAGAGUGCCUGUCUCAAGGCCAUGACUUAUUCACAAACGCCAUUCGAGCGCGUACAGUCACUCGAGCUACUCUCUCGAGUUCGUACCAUAGACAAUCCGCAAGCGGCCUACGAAGACAUCCAGGCUUGCCUACGUCAAACACACGACGAGUCGGUCCCGGUCCCGCUGCGUCACUCGGUCUACAACACCAAGGCUCAGAUCGAAACCAAGCUCGGGAGGCGUCAGGACGCUGCUGCAUCGUACGAGUUGGCGGGAUCAAUUGACCCAAGCAAUCUCGUGACGGGCGACGGCCUGCGAGCCCAGAUAAAGCUCUUCGAGAAAGAACCUGGCAAGCAGGAGUUCAUCAGGACGCUUAAGUCAUGGUCCCCGCUUGAACGGCUGGCCUACCUCUGCUGGGACACCUGGGACUCGGUCUACCAGGCCGUGAUUCGUGCGGCAGUCGAGUCCGGAGAGGUGGCCUUUGUCGUCCAGAUGUACCAGGACUCGAUUAGGCUGCUGGAAAACGUCAACGCGUCCGGCCCCUUACUCGUCGAGCUCGGCUUUAUCCACAUCAAAGUGACAAGAGACCUCGAAGGCGCGACGCAGAUUCUGCUGUCCGCGCAAAUGUCCCGCCUAGACCCCAACAUGAAGGACGAUAACGAGCGAUAUGGUGAAGAAGAACAACGUAGUGACGACGGUUCCGACGGCGGCGGCGAGGGGGAUUCUGCGACGCGACCCAAGGGCGAGGAAGGCGACCUCGAUGACGAUGUCGUGUUGUUCUGCGACGGAGGCUGUAUGCCCACGGCCAAGUUCGCCUCCUGGGCAAGAGACGCGUCUCCUACCUCUGUCUCGUCUGUUCUGAAUGUUUCCUUUGCGAUGACUGCUACAAGAUGA